ACUCUCGUUCAGGAUAUGUGGCUGAGUGAUAUGACCAGCAGUUACAUGUACACAUGUAUAACGUUAGACAGCACCUUGCCUUGUAUACAUGAUCUACUUCUCUCUCCCCCACCAUGGCGUACUGCUCAGUCAGUGACUUCUACGCCGGCAAGACGUUGAUGAUCACCGGUGCCACUGGCUUCAUUGGUAAGGUACUGUUAGAGAAACUCCUUCGGUGUUGCCCAGACAUCAAGAAGAUAUUCCUCCUUGUCAGAACAAAGAAGGACAAGGGACCAUCCGCUCGUAUCAAAGAGAUCACUUCUAGCAUGAUGUUUGACAAAGUCAGGGAAGCGCAGCCAGACUUCCAGUCAAAACUUAUCCCCAUCGAGUCCGACCUCAUAGAACCUGACCUUGCCUUAAAAGAAGAAGACAUCAGAACUCUUCAGGAGGAGACAGAGCUUGUGUUUCACGUUGCAGCUACUGUCAGAUUUGAUGAAAAAAUGUUACUCUCUCUCCGAAUGAACGUGUUUGCCACCAGAAAGAUCUUGCAAAUGAGCAAAAGAAUGAAUAAAUUAUUGGUCUUUCAUCAUGUUUCAACAGCGUAUAGCAACUGUGACCAAUCCACAAUAGAAGAGAUUGUUUACCCCCCUCCCAUUGACCCAUACAAGAUCUUGGACGCUGCAGAAUGGAUGUCAGAAGACAUGAUGGAGGCAUUAACCCCCAUGCUGCUGGGCAAGAGACCAAACACAUACACCUUCACCAAGGCUCUGGCAGAGUACGUCGUCAAAGAAGAGGGUAAGGGGUUGCCAAUUUGCAUCACAAGGCCGUCCAUCGUUAUAGGCUCAUGGAAAGAGCCAUAUCCUGGAUGGGUUGAUUCGAUAUUUGGUGGAACUGGAUUGGUUGUUGCAGUUGGUAAGGGUUUGGUAAGUACAGUGCUCAGUGACCCAGAGGCCCUCGUUGAUGCCUCCCCCGUUGAUUUUGUAGCGAACGCAAUGAUCGGUGCAACUUGGUAUACAGGGGUCAAUAAACCUGCCACCAUCUCAGUCUAUAACUUGGUCACCGGUCCUGUUAAUCCAAGCAAAGUGGGAUCACAUGUAGGAAUUGUCGCCGAUCUACUCAACAUUUUUCCCCUAGACAAGGCAUUUGGACGUCCAAGAUAUUAUUUCACUAAAUAUGAGAUUGUAUUUGAAUGCAUGAACAUGAUAAAUGGGAAGAUACCAGCUUUUUUCAUUGAUAGUGCACUGAAGCUAAUGGGACAGAAACCUACGAUGGUGAAAAUAAACCAAAGAAUUGUAAGGAUGGUUUAUGCUCUGAGGUUCUUCCUCAUGCACACUUGGUCCUUUGGCUACAAGAAUGUAGAAGCUCUCACGACUUCAAUGAGCAAGGAAGACAGAGAGGUAUUUUUCACUGAUGUGAGACCACUACAUUGGCCAUCAUACUUCCAUGACUACGUUCUUGGAACAAGGAGAUUCCUCAUGAAGGAAGAUCUGGAAAAUCUCCCUGCUGCACGCAGGCAUCUUAAAAUGUUGCGCAACCUCCGAUGGACCUUCAAUACCGUCCUCGCUGUAAUCAUCUGGCGUAUCCUCAUGACCCGGUCAAAGGUCGCCCGGAACUUACAGGAAUCCAUUAUCAGCAUUUUCUUCAGGUUCCUUCGAUAUUGUCGCAUGCUUACCUUCUCCAUGGCAUUAGUGAUCGCAAUAUUCAAAUGCUCAUAACUUUCUCAUUAUUGGUCCAAUUUUCUCAAACUUUCGUUGAUCUGUUUCUUUGAUUUUUCUGUUUUCACACAAGAUUUCUUGUUCUAAAUGUUUUAUUUUCCUUUAAGUAUUUAGGUUCAUACAUAUGCAACUCAAGAAAAGACUUUCUAUCUAGGUAAGCUAACAUGGAAUACAUGUAAUAAGCUGCAUUUGAUAUGGGAAUCAAAUAUUUCUAUGUCAUCAAACCUCUCCCUGUUUAGGGCAUGUGUAAAAAGUAUCCUGUUGUAUGGUUUAGAAACAUGGACAAUCAAGAAGUCAUUAAAGAUAGACUUUUAGGCACAUAUUCUCGACUUUUAAUGAGGGUACAAAAUAUAAGUUGGAGAGAUCACAUAACAAAAUUUAUGGAGAUCUUCCACUUAUCUGCACCAUGGUAAUUUAACGUAGUAUGAAAUUUGCUUGUCACUGUUUCCGUAGUGAGAAGGAAGUUAUUUCUGAUGUACUUUUGUUGUGCCUCCCUCAUAAAACGAGAGAACGGAGACCUUUAAAUGUUGUUGAUUACAAUUGUAGGGAUACAAAUAAUUUGUUACAUGACUUACCAAAUCCUGUCAGAUCGCAAAGCCUGGCAUACCAUUGUUGAUUCAUUCUCGGAUGUGUCUGAUUUGUAGUGUUGUGUAAUAUUUUAGAUUAUUUCUCAAUGCUCAUCACAAGAUGAAUUUAAUUUACAAUCAUAUUAAUUGAAUUGAACUUUAUUGUUCGUUACAGGUUAUUUGCCUUUUACUGGUGCAUUACAACUCAAAUAUUUACAAAUUACAUAUAUGAACAUGAGGAUAAAAAAUGAGAUGACUAGUACUAUAAUUCAUUACACUGGCAUUCGAUAGCUGUUUUCUGCAAAAGAAAUCUAUUUUUUUUAAUUAUCUUAAUAAUUAGACAGUUUAAAGACCUUUUUAUUAUAGUGUACAUGUUUAGUUAUAUAUUUCUUUAUUUAUGGAUUUUUGGUGAUGUCUUUCUUGCUUUCUGUAGCUCAUUGGAUAUGUUCUUAACGCAGUUGUAUUGUGACAUGCUGCAUUUGUAUCUUUUAUAUUCUCUUCUGAAGUAAAUGAAGAUUACGUGAGAACAUGUUGUUACGAGUGUGUUUAGAAAAUAUAUUACACUGCAGCAAAAAGAAAGAAAAAGAUCCUUGACAAGACUGAUAUUUUAACCGAUGUUCAAUUUAUUAUGAUCUCUUGCCUUAUUCUCUGCACAAUGCAGAUGAGCUGCUAUAGAAAGUUUUUGUAUGUGUCGUUCCUGUUAUUCAGAACAGUGAGCAGUAUUUGAUUGAGUAAACUCUUUUAUAAUUGAGAUAUUGAAAAAUAUGUCUCAUUUUAUGUGAAACUUUCAAUUUUGUUGUCUUUACAUGGACAUCAUCUCAGGUAAGACAAUGAUGUCAGAGAUAUAUUACUAGCGGCCGUAUUCUGAAGUCGAGUUUAAUUUGAACUCUGGUUUUAAGUUGUGGUUUAACUAUGGAAAGCCAGUUGUUACAUAAAUCUAUAACAGUAGAGUUUCAAUGCAUCAGCUCAUUUGACUCCCAAUACAUUAUUAACUGCCUGGGAAGGAUAAGUAUGACAGAUGUCUUCACCAUUAAAUAUUUAGUGAAGAGCACAAUUAACAUGAGAAGCAUUCACUGUAAACAAAAUUUUGAAAUGUUUGGCUUCCCAUAAUUUUAGCACAGACUUGGACCAUGGUCUAAGUUAAACCUGACUUCAGAAUACGGGCCAACGUGUUUGAAAAUAUUGCUUUUGGUAUAUAUUUAGAGGUUGAUGCUUUCUGCAAAAAAAACAAACCUUUUUUAAAUGUUGCCUUUGAUAUAUUGCACUGCAGCAAAAAGAAAAAAAUCCUUGAUAGUAUCAAGACUGACAUUUUAACCAUGGUUCAAUUUAUUAUGAUAAGCUGCUAUAAAGUUUUUGUAAAUUUUGGUCCUGUUAGUUUGAACAGUGUGUAGUCCCAAUGUGUAGUAUUUGAUCGAGUAAACAAUAUCAUUGGGAUAUUGAAAAACACGUUUGAGUUCAUGUGAAACUUUCAAUUUUGUUGUUUUUACAUGUACACCAUCUCAGGGAACCCGACUCUGUCAGUGAUAUAUUUUGUAGGUGUUUGACAAUAAUGUUUUUGGUUUAUAUUUAGAGGUUGAUGCUUUCUGCACAAAAUAGACUUUCUAUUUUUUCAAUAUUGUUUUAAUACAGUUUCAUGCUACAUGUAUCAUUGUCUUUCACUACUUCUAAAAUAAAAGAGACAUUUUGGA